CGCCGCCGCGCCUCGACGCCCCCCGCCGCUCCGCCGCGCUCCGCAGGUGGCCCCGCGCGGGCGCGACCGGCCAUGGGCCCGGGGGUGCGCGUGCUGCUGCUGCUGGGCCUGCUGCACGGGGCCGGGGGCGGCCAGGCCAGGAAGGGCUGGCGCCGCCGGGGCCCCCCGCCGCCCCCGCCGCCCGCGCCGCGGCCCGAGCCGGCGCCGGCGCCCGAGCCGCCCGUGGAGAGCUUCCCGCUGGACUUCACGGCCGUGGAGGGCAACAUGGACAGCUUCAUGGCGCAGGUCAAGAGCCUGGCGCAGUCGCUGUACCCCUGCUCGGCGCAGCAGCUGCACGAGGACCUGCGCCUGCACCUCCUGCUCAACACGUCGGUGACCUGCAACGACGGCAGCCCCGCCGGCUACUACCUGAAGGAGUCCAAGGGCAGCCGGCGGUGGCUGGUGUUUCUGGAAGGAGGCUGGUACUGCUUCAACCGCGAGAACUGCGCGUCCCGCUACGACACGCUGCGGCGCCUUAUGAGCUCCAAGGACUGGCCUCGCACCCGCACGGGUACUGGCAUCCUGUCCUCGCAGCCCGAGGAGAACCCCCACUGGUGGAACGCCAACAUGGUCUUCAUCCCCUACUGUUCCAGUGACGUUUGGAGCGGUGUGUCCUCCAAAUCUGAAAAGAGUGAGUUCGCCUUCAUGGGCGCCCUCAUCAUCCAGGAGGUGGUCCGAGAGCUCCUGGACCAGGGGCUGAGUGGGGCCAAGGUGCUGCUGCUGGCGGGGAGCAGCGCCGGGGGCACGGGGGUGCUCCUGAACGUGGAUCGCGUGGCGGAGCAGCUGGAGCAGCUGGGCUACCCCGGCAUCCAGGUGCGGGGCCUGGCCGACUCGGGAUGGUUCCUGGACAACCAGCAGUACCACCACACCGACUGUGUGGACACCAUCACCUGUGCACCCACCGAGGCCAUCCGCCGGGGCAUCAGGUACUGGAAUGGGUUGGUUCCCGAGCGCUGCAGGCGGCAGUUCAAGGAGGGCGAGGAAUGGAACUGCUUCUUCGGCUACAAAAUCUACCCGACACUGCGCUGCCCGGUGUUCGUGGUCCAGUGGCUGUUUGAUGAGGCCCAGCUGACUGUGGACAAUGUGCACAUCCCGGGCCAGCCUCUGCAGGAGGACCAGUGGCUGUACAUCCAGAACGUGGGCCGCGAGCUCAGACACACGCUCAAGGACGUGGCGGCCAGCUUUGCCCCCGCCUGCCUCUCACAUGAGAUCAUCAUCCGAAGCCACUGGACGGAGGUGCAGGUGAAGGGGACGUCCCUGCCGCGGGCACUGCACUGCUGGGACAGGAGUCUUCAUGAAGCCCACAGGGGCAACAAGACCCCCCUGAAGGGCUGCCCCAUGCACCUGGUGGACAGCUGCCCCUGGCCCCACUGCAACCCGUCCUGCCCCACCAUCCGCGACCAGUUCACGGGCCAGGAGAUGAACGUGGCGCAGUUCCUCAUGCACCUGGGCUUCGACGUGCAGUCAGUGGCUGAGCAGCAGGGCUUGGAGCCCAGCAAGCUGCUGGGGAUGCUGAGCGGUGGCCGCUAGGGGACGCCCGGGACCGCGGUCCGGGCCCUUGGCGAGCUGGGGGCGCCCGGGGCGCGGGAUCCCCUUGGCGAGCUGGGAGCUGGGAGCUCCCGGGGCGCCAGAUCCCAUUGUCAAGCUGGGGGCGCCAGGGACACGGGUUCAGGGCCUUGACGAGCAGGGGGCGUCCAGGCGCGGGAUCCCCUUGGUGAGCUGGGGGCAUUCAGGGUGCGGGGUCCCCUCGGGGAGCUGGGGGCGCCUGGGUCGCAGGGUCCCCUCGGAGAGCUGGGGGCGCCAGGGGCGCGGGAUCCCCUCGGUGAGCUGGGGGCGCCACGGGCACGGGAUCCCCUUGGCAAGCUGGGGGCGCUCGGGGCGCGGGACAGGGCCUCUCGGGGAGCUGGGGGCGUCCAGGGCGCGGGAUCCCCUUGGCGAGCUGGGGGCGCUCUGGGCACGGGUCGGGGCCGUUCGGGGAGUUGGAGGAGUCUGGGACGCGGGGCGGGCCCUCGGAGAGUUGGGGACGUCCGGGGCGCGGGAUCCCCUCUGGGAGCUGGAGGCGCACGGGGCGUGGGAUCCCCUUGGUGAGCUGAGGGCGUUCGAGGCGUGGGACAGGGCCCCUCAGGAGCUGGGGGCGCUGGGGCGCAGGUGCCCCCCAGGAGCUGGGGGCGCCCUGCGUGGAGCAGCCCGCUCAGCUCUCCCGCGCCACCUCCUGAGGAUCCCUCGCCUCCGAGGAGUCCUGGAUUUGCUGGCCAGCACCGCCCCAGCCUCCUGCCCUUUUGUAUUAUUUUAUAAAGUGACUUUUUUAAUUUUUAAAAAGAAAAUAAGCAAGAAAUAUAUGAUGAAUGGUAAAGUUUUGUAACAUAUAUAUAUAUUUUUUAUAAUGGAAAAAAAGCCAAAGACAAGAGGCUGGCGGCAGCCGUGUUUAAGGGCAACUUGCACCAGUGGAGUGAGCCCCGAUUGCAGGACAGCUGAUGCCAUGGGGUCUGUCAGCGCUCUGCGGGCGUCCCCAAAGGGUGGCCACCCCCAGCGCACCGGUUUCAGGGAUCUCAUCUAGGGGUUCUCCUGUCCGUCAUCGGUGGCACCGGGACAAGCCUGGCCCUGCACCCGCUGCGCGCGCACCCGUUGCGCGCGCAUGCGCACACGCUCUCCGUGCCUGUCGGGCUGGGCGCUGAGCUCCGUGCCUCCGGCUGCAGCUGGGGACACCUCUGUCCACUGUGCUCGAUGCCAAGUUCUAACGGUGGGUUCAGCAGGGCUUCCCUGUGCUCCCGACAGUGAGCUAGGCAGCUGCGCCCCAGGAGAGGGCUGUGUGCGCCCUACUCACUCUCCUGGAAAGCCUAGGGGCUCUGGAGAGGGGCACUUUCCAUCUGUUUCUGUCUCCGGCAGGCCUGGGGCCCCGGCAGCUCACCCUGCUGCUCGUGUCCCAGAGAGCGGGGCAGGUGGUGCAGUGCCAGAGGACAGGGCCCCACUGUGGGCAAGUACAGCAGCCCGUGGUGAGGCCACAGCAUAAAGAACACAGAUUUGAAUUCUACCCGAAGGAUGAAAUCAUGCCCCGAGGCUGCUAAUGAUAAAAAUAAGGGGGUUGGAGAGAUGGCACAGCAGGGACGGUGCUUGCCUUGCACAAGGCCCACCUGGUUUUGAUUUCCACCUUCCCAUAUGGUCCCCUGAGCACUGCCAGGAUUGAUUUCUGAGUGCAGAACUAGAAGCAUCAUAACCCCUGAGAAUUGCCAGGUGUUCCCCCCCCUGCAAAAAAAAGAAAAGUAAAAAGAGGAACAAAAGAAAAAAGACUUGACCCCCCCACCAGGCUUUCCAAGUAAGUUAUGUACAUGGGGCUCCUGGGACAGUGCAGGAUUAAGGGUGCUUCAGGGAUGGAGCAAUAGCACAGUGGGUAGGGCGUUUGCCUUGCACGCGGCUGACCCGGGUUCUAUUCCCAGCAUCCCAUAUGGUCCUCUGAGCACUGCCGGGGUGAUUCCUGAGUGUAGAGCCAGGAGUAACCCCUGUGCAUUGCCAGGUGUGACCCAAAAAGAAAGAAAAAGGAUUAAGGGUGCCUCAACAUGCAGAUACUAACGCAGCAACCCUCAUUCCAGCCUGACACUGAGUAUAGUCUCGAGCACUGCCGGGAUGGCCCCCAAGGCUCCCCCAUAGAGGAGAGGGAGCAAAAUCUCUCAGGCCCUACAUGCGUGCUGGGCACAGAGAUCCUCCAGGGACAGUGUUGGGGACCCCACGCCUGGGUCAGCUGAUGAAUCCUGUUGGGACAUGUGGGUGGGCACCAAGGAAUUGUUCACCCCCAACCCACCCAUCUCCUUCUAUGUGAUCACAAGGAAAUGCUGGACCUUGGGUCCAGAGUCCAGAGAUGCCACAGCUUGAGGGCGGAAGCUAAGGGCCCUGUGGGCCCAAGAGUAGAGGGAGGGACAUUGUCUAACUUCCGCCUCCAUGCAGCACGUGACCAGUGUGGGACAAUCUCUCUGCCCAGUUUCUCUGCACAUCUGAAUCAUGCUACAAAAGAAGUCCUGGGCCCUGGGGCCGGAGCGAUAGCACAGCGGGGAGGGCGUUUGCCUUGCACGAGGCCGACCCGGGUUCGAUUCCCCGCAUCCCAUAUGGUCCCCUGAGCACCGCCAGGAGUAACUCCUGAGUGCAAAGCCAGGAGGUAAUCCCUGUGCAUUGCUGGGUGUGACCUAAAAAGCAAAAUAAAGCCUUGGGCCGAGUAGAGCCUUUAUCUUGCAUGUGACCAGCCAAGCUCGAUCCUUGUCACCCCUUAUGGUUCCUUGAGCCCCACCAGGAGUUUCCUGAGUGCAAAGCCGGAACUAACCCCACCCCUCAGCAUCAUUGGGUGUGGCACCCAAACAAAAGAGUCCUAAGAUUUUGCAAAGGCGAGCAUUCUAAAUCAAAAAAAUUAUUUAAAAAAUUAUACUAAUAGAUACCGCAUUAAAAAAUUCAAUCUGGGGCCAGAGACAGGACAGCAGGGAGGGCGCUUUUUGCCUUGCAUGCAACUGACUAGCAUUUGAUCCCCAGUACCCCCAUAUGGUCCCCUGAGCACCUUCAGGAGUAACUACUGAGUGCAGAGCCAUGAGUAAACCCUAAGCAUCCCUGGGUGUGCCCCCCCCAAUAUAUAUAAAUAAAUCUGGGGUUGGAUCGACAGUACAGUGGUAGACACUUGCCUUGCAAGCACCCAAUCCCUUCUGGAACCCCAGUACCACAUAUGGUCCUCCCAACCCACCAAGAAUGACCCCUGAGCGCAGAGCAGAAAUAAGCCCUGAGCACGUGGCUCUCCUGGGUUGGAUUUCUGGAAUCCUAUACGGUCCCCCAGCCCCGUGCAGGAGUCAUCCCUGAGCACAGAGCCAAGAAUAAGUCCUUAGCACUGUCAGGUGUGACCCAAAGCCAGAAAAAAAACAAAAAUAGAAAGCAAAAAACUUGGAAGACCCUGGGGCUGGAGCAAUGGGUAUGGCGUUUGCUUUGCAUGCGGCAGACCGGGGUUCGAUUUCCAGCAUCCCAUAUGGUCCUCCGAGCACAACCAGGAGUAAUUCCUGAGUGCCUGAGCCUGGAGUAACCUCCCUGUCAUGCUGUGUGUGACCCAAAAACAAAAACAAGUUGGAAGACCCUGAAGAGUCUGUCCAAUCAGCAACAAGCGACCC